UUGCAGGUGUGCGGUGCCGUGAUUGGUCGGCGCGAGGUCACGUGAGUGAAUACGUCAUGCUGUUAUGACGUGUUACUAACUGCAGACUGCUGUUGCUAAGCAACGCGCCCAUUCCCCACAGACCUCUCAAACAGCAACAGGAAACAGAAGCUGGCCCGCAGGUUGCACUGGAAGUUGUCGGGUUUUUUGGUCCCUUUUCCGCCGUAAUUCCCGCCGAUCGGGAAUCCAAUCAAUGCCGGCAAACUGACGGAAGUGAUCACAAGACGUUUUACGGAUGACCCUACGGAUUUUCGCCUUUAUUCUGGCCGGAUGAUGCUCGCCAGGAACCCGAUGCCUUCUCGGACCAGGUCUUUGAUAACGGCCGGGGACACGACGUCAACGGCGGACUACUUCGCCUCGCACAACACGGCCUCCAACCGGACUUUGGCCGAUCCUCCCUCCCACGUUGGCCUACCGCCGCUCAAGAGCCAGACGGUCGGAGGCGGCAAGCAGGCCGAUAAUCUGAUCGGCGGGAUCCAGGUGGAGCAGCUUUACGAGGCCGACCAUGGUAUGCACAAAAGACAGGGUUCCCUGACCAAGCCGAUUCAAAAUGGCGUCGCAGGCAGAGAGUCCCACCACCGAUCCUUGCCCACCGUCAACGUUGGCAACCAGAACGAGCCGCCUAACAUCUACCGGGAGCGCAGUGCCGGGUCAGGGACCGCCAGCAAAUCGAGCUCAGGCAAGCCCAAAACCUCACCACUCUCUCCGGAGCAAGCCAUGAAGACCUUCAUGCACAAGCUGACCCCGUUUGAACACCACGAGAUCUUCAACUACCCGGAGGUGUACUUCUCGGGGCCAAACGCCAAGAAACGUCAGGGGGUGAUCGGCGGGGCCAACAACAACGGAUUCGACGACGAGCAGGGCUCGUACAUCCACGUUCCCCACGAUCACAUUUGCUACCGCUUCGAAGUGCUGAAAGUUCUAGGAAAAGGAAGCUUCGGCCAGGUGGUGAAAGUCUACGACCACAAGAACCACGUCCACACGGCGCUGAAAAUGGUUCGGAACGAGAAGCGUUUCCACCGCCAGGCGCAGGAGGAAAUCCGCAUCCUGGAGCACCUGAAGAAGCAGGACAAGGACAAUAACAUGAACAUUGUGCACAUGGGGGAGAGCUUCACCUUCCGUAAUCACAUCUGCAUCACUUUUGAGCUGCUGUCCAUGAACUUGUACGAACUCAUCAAGAAGAACAAGUUCCAGGGAUUCUCGCUGCAGCUUGUGCGGAAGUUUGCGCACUCGCUUCUGCAGUGCCUGGAGGCCCUGUACCGCAAUCGUAUCAUCCACUGCGACCUGAAGCCCGAGAACGUUCUUCUGAAACAGCAGGGUCGUAGCGGGAUUAAGGUUAUAGACUUCGGGUCCAGCUGCUACGAGCACCAACGCGUGUACACGUACAUCCAGUCCCGCUUCUACCGCGCGCCAGAGGUCAUUCUGGGGGCGAAGUACGGCAUGGCCAUAGACAUGUGGAGCCUGGGGUGUAUUCUGGCCGAACUGUUGACCGGUUACCCGCUGUUGCCAGGGGAAGAUGAAGGGGACCAACUAGCCUGCAUGAUCGAGCUGCAAGGAAUGCCGCCACAAAAGCUGCUGGACGUGUCCAAACGGGCCAAAAACUUUAUUAGCUCCAAAGGUUACCCCAGGUACUGUUCUGUUAAAACGCUGAGCGACGGGACCACCGUGUUGGACGGUAGCCGCUCGCGGCGCGGGAAAUGGAGGGGUCCGCCGGGGUCGAAAGACUGGGUAACAGCUCUGAAGGGCUGCGACGACCCCCUGUUCAUUGACUUCUUGAAGAGAUGUUUGGAAUGGGAUCCCGCUGCCAGAAUGACCCCGGCGGCCGCCCUACGGCACGCGUGGUUGCGCCGCAAGCUACCGAAGCCGCCCGUACAGGAAGCCAGCGGUUCUGCCUCUCGUAGAGGCUCGUCGGGGAGGAAUGCAGCGGUGGCCAAGCUACCUCCGACCGGAUCUGCAUCCAAAGCCAGAGCAAUGCACGCCCAGCACCAAGCUCAGAACGACUCCUCCCUGCAGCAGAGAACUGUGUUGCCAAAAAUCGUUGGCUAAAAAGCGCCGCUGUACGGUAGGCACCGCAAAGCCACGUGUUUCUGAAUCCGCCCAGGUUUAGCUGCUGCAUGUAUCUGUGAUACGUGCUAACAAAAAAUUGUAUCUAUAGUGCGUUUUUGACGGCGUUUCUUCUUGGUUGCCAAGUCCUCGAUCAGGGACAAAAUGUCUGCAAACAUUCCAUGUGUUUUUAAACCUGUCAAGUAGGGACAUGGCAAGCAUGAAGACACACGGAUGUACCAAAUAUCCUCGUUUAGAUGCUGCACUUCCAAUGCACCCGCACUGUUGUUUGUCCGUGGUGGGGUGUCAAUCACGCUCCAAGGGGGUAUGGUAAUCAAGUAAGGGCAGAUCAGCUUUCUUUUGGGGGCAGUUCGUGCCACUGUGGUGUUUCAACCCCUGCAUUGUUCCCAGUGUGGUCGCUAAGAAAAGCCCGAUAACAAAGGGGGUGUGGCUAGCAUGGCAACCUCGGGUCGUAUUUCUCACCAGUAGAUUGCAACGCACCUCCCAAACACAUGCAGUAAUACGUUAAAAUUCCACCUCCCCCUUUUGACACUACAGAGACCAAACUAAAUUUGAAUGUAAUGGUGCUUUAGGCAGUGGGUAGCUGAUGUAAUGUUAAUGUAUUCCUUGUAAAAUGUCAGACCACUUUUGCCACCCAGACCACAGUUUGUAUGCCUUUCGUGUAGCAUGUCCCACUUUGCCUAUAUCAUGCACAAGGCUGGUGGAAGGUGCCAUAUAUUAUAUAUAACAAACCUAGAAUGUACAAAAAUACAUGUUGAAACAAAUGACGCAUGUAUAUUUUUGUACCCCAUACACAAUAUCAUGUAAAAGAUAGGACGAGAGGAACAGAUCAUGUGUGUAUCCAGAUACAUGUAUUUUGUACUGUAUCAAAUAGAAAUGUAUAUUUUCAUCGUGAAAUUCACGAUGCUAAGAAGUUCUACUACACUAGAGAAACUAUUUGCAGUAAAAUUACAACCUAGCCGGUGCAUAGAAGACUAUGUCUCUGUUAAAAAUCAAUUGUACAUACCCACAAGACACAACAAUUCAUCUGUAUAUACGAUUUUAAUACUUACAAAUGAUUUAUUUGUGUGAAAGGAAAAAAUCUGUAAAUUUUUUUAAAUAGCACGUUUUUAGUUUUCAAAAAAAUUGUAGCAAAGAUGAAGGUUUUCAUGUCAAUGUUGAGUGAUUUUCUUUUCCAGAAUUGCAAUUUUAAUCAACUGAUUAAAAAAACAGGUUAUAACUGGAAA